GGAGCAUACAGCCAUGAAGUUAUUCGCUGCGGCAUCAGCACGAUCGGUACUGCUUUCACCUAAGCAGCUCUCUGAUCCAACAAUGUUGGGGCAACCCAGCGGCGAGGUUUUACGAGGCAUCAACCUCGCAUUCACUGCCAUCACGAUGCUGCCUAUAGCCUACAUGAUAUUCGUCAGCUUCUAUCGCGUACGCGGCGACAAAGAUCCGGCACGGCUAGCGUUCACGUAUCUGAAAGUCAUGUUGCCGUUGAAAUUCCUUGCACUCCUUAUGUACACGAUAUCAAGUGCUCUCGCGUUGAUAGAUCUCGAUUCUGCCGGCGACGGCUGGUAUAUCCUCUUCCGGGUUUCUUACCACAUAAGCCUGGCAGGAGGCCUCUUGUCCCGCGUUGUUGACCUGCUUCUGGUUAUGACACUGGUUGAGGUGGGCAACGGUUUCCUCUUUUGCCACACGGAGUCGAGAACCUUGUUGCAACGGGUGUUGCGGUACGCUGCCAUUGCGUCGUGCAUCAUCCUUGCCGUUGUUGCAAUUAUUGCCUUUGGCAUUAUGAACGCCGCGAUUGCAGGCUUUGAGACCCCGGAAUGGACCUGGUACGAUCUCAUGAAGGCGGCCGCGAAGCUGUCUGCUUUCGUUGACAUCUUCCUAUUUGUCUGGGCUGGGGCCCUGAUGGGUUUCUCCACGCACGUCUAUAACAAGGUCAAGCACAAUGGUGCCUUGAGAGAUUCAUCGAUGCUGUUUGUCUACGCCGCUAUCCUAAACCUAGUUACUCGCCUAUACGCCUUCGUCCUCGUGUCUAUCUUCACACUUGCGGGCGUCAUUUUGUAUGGCUCUUCUGCGAUCUACGCGGCCAUCCUAAUCGCCGGCCCGAUCCUCACCGUAUGGACGUACGCCGCCAUUGCAGGGUUUCUAGUCGCCAUCGCUAUUCGCAAGCAUGAUGGGCUUUGGACCACUGUGCAGGCGGGAACAGAGGAAGAGAGCCAACCCUUCCUUGCUACAGAGUCCAGUUCCACGGACGUGGACGACCAGUUGCCAGGAGAAUCUAGCAGUGCAGUGCCUACCUAG